AUGCCCAGCACAGUCUCACCCCCAGACACCCCCACCAAAAAUGGCCCCCUCUUCCCUGACUACCUUCCACAUUAUGACCCUCUUGAAAAAGUCGAGAUGGUCGGCUCCUUUGAAUUCUCGGAUCCCGGCCUCCGCGCCGACCCCUCAAAGCAAACCCUCUUGUCUCAAGCAACGUCCAUCAACGACCUCGGUCCCUACUGCGGCACCGAACUCCUAGGCGUCGACCUAACAAACCUCUCCCCGGCCGCCCUCGACGAACUCGCCCUCCUUACCGCCCAACGCGGCUGCGUCGUCUUCAGAAACCAAGAUGCCUUCCUCGCCGCCGGCUUCGACGCCCAAAAAGCCAUCGCCUCGCACUUCGGCCCCUUGCACGUCCACGGCUGGAUGCCUCAUCCCCAGAACGGGCCCCCGGAAUUCGUCAUCGUUUAUGACAGUGAUCAAGAUCUUAGGAUCCGCAAGUCGUGGGCGAGGAAAAAUCCUAUCCAGUUCCACGUCGAUCAAUCGCCUGAAGCGCAACCGCCCGGAAUGACGCUCUUUGCUAUGCUGGAGAGCCCGCCGGGGGUUGGUGGUGAUACGAUUAUCUGUAGCACAGUGAGGGCGUUUCAGAAAUUGAGUCCGAAAUUUAGGGCUAGGUUGGAGGGUUUGAUGGCCGUUCACACGACGCAAGCUGCUUUGUCGCGGGAGAUCCGCGAUAAUGGGGAUAAAUCGGUCGUUCGGCGUCCAGUGACGAGAUCGGUGCAUCCAGUGGUAAUAGUGCACCCUGUGACGGGCCAGAAAGCGCUAUUUGUGAACUCGAGUUAUACGCAGAGUAUAGUGGGGUUUGAUGAUGAUGAAAGUGAUUACUUGUUGAAGUUUCUGUUUGAUCAUAUUAAUCGGGGCCAUGAUUUUAGUUGUCGGGUGAGGUAUGAGCCGGGGACGGUGGUGUUGUGGGAUCAGAGGGUUACGCAGCAUAGUCAGACGUUGGAUUAUCCGGCUGGGGCGAGAAGGCAUGCGUUUCGGUUGACGCCGUUGGCGAAUGUGCCGAUUCCGAGUAAGGUGGAUGAAGAUGAUGAUGGGUGUAAGCUGGAGGAAGAUAGGGAGAUGUUGGGGUUGUGUUGA